CAACAAAUCAAAGGAUCACAAAUGAUUAUGAAGAUUCAACACCAGUUUUAACAUCCAACGAUAAUGAUAACAACAAUCAUUUAAUCCCUGCUCCAUCUCUAUUAAACAGUAUUAUUGUUGACCCAAACGAUUUGUCAUCUUCUCUUUUUAAAAAUAUUUUUGAGAAUAUCAAUAAUUUUGAAAAUGAGUUUUUUGAAAAUUUAGGUAAUAAUCUUGCUGAUGGUGACGGCGACGGUAAUGGAUUUACUACUAUUGAGAUUACUGUUGUUGGAUUAGAUGAUGACGAUAAUUCUGGCGGGGGAAUAAUCAACUUGGAAAAGUUUUUCAAAAUUGAUUCAUCUAAAGUUGAUAAUAAACCACAAAAACAUGAUUCGUUAUCAUUACUACCAUUAUUAAAGCCGUUAGCCUUGACAAUAAUGUUAGCAAUCUUGUUAGUUACCGAGAUUUCUCUUGAUGAUUUGCCAGAAUCUGGCGAUAUUUGGGAAAUGUCUCAAGAUCCUGAAUCGGCAAAAUCAGAUACACUCAAAGAACUUGGCGCUGAUAGUGCUUCUACCGUUACACCAGAAAAAUUAGUUGAAGAUUUCCAAAGCGAAAAUAUUGAUAAAGACAGCGGUCAUCAAACCAGUGCCGUAGUUGAAGAAAGUGAUGAUGCUUCUGAUGUUGACAUUUCACAAAUCUUCCAACCCAUUUAUAUCAAUAAAAAAUUAUUCUAUUUCGGACCUCGUGUAUUUUAUCCUCAUAGAUAUUUCAUUCCUAAAUACUAUUACAGACAUCGUUUCUACAAAAUUUGUACUAUUCGAUGCAAAUAUGCUGUAAUUCCUUAUUUCAUGUAA